GUAGGUCAGGAGGCAGGUAAAGAGCUGCUGCAUCAGCCUGAGACAUAGAAGAGGGCAAGAAUGAAGAGCCUUCUCCCUCUACUCAUCCUCUGCCUCACAGGCUCCCAUUGCUUCCCUGCACAUUUGGAAACCGAACAGCAAGACCUAGAAAUCGUCCAGAACUAUCUUGAGAAAUUCUAUGACCUAAAAACUGAGGGAGUGAAAAUUUCCAAGAAGAAAGACAGUAGCCCUGUCGUUGAGAAGCUCAAGAAAAUGCAGAAAUUUUUUGGGUUGAAAGUUACUGGGAAGCCAGAUCUUGAAACUCUAAAGAUGAUGAAAAAUCCUAGAUGUGGGGUCCCUGAUGUGUCUAAGUUUGCCAUCACUGAAGGAAAUCCUAAGUGGGAAAAGAAAAACCUUACUUACAGCAUUGAAAACUACACACCAGAUUUAGCAAAGGAAGAUGUGGACAAUGCCAUCAGGAAAGCAUUUAAAGUCUGGAGCGAUGUGUCCCCCUUGACAUUCACUAAGAUCUCUCAGGGUGAAGCAGAUAUAAAGAUCUCUUUUUACUAUGGAGAUCAUUAUGACAAUUCUCCCUUUGAUGGUCCCAAUGGAAUUCUUGCUCAUGCCUUCCAACCAGGCCCAGGUAUUGGAGGGGAUGCUCAUUUUGAUGAAGGUGAAGAAUGGACAAAAGACCAUAGAAAUUAUAACUUGUACCGUGUUGCUGCUCAUGAAUUUGGUCAUUCUCUGGGUCUUUCCCAUUCCUCUGAUAUUGGUGCCUUGAUGUUCCCCAGCUAUGGUUUCAGUGACACCAAUGAUAUCCAGCUUUCUCAGGAUGAUAUUAAUGGUAUUCAAGCCAUCUAUGGGCCCGGCAAUAAUCCCAUCCAGCCAACAGGACCAACAACACCACACGCCUGUGAUAGAAAAUUAACCUUUGAUGCUGCCACCACAAUCCGGGGGGAAAAAAUAUUCUUCAAAGACAGGUUCUAUCUUCGUAAGAACCCCUAUGAUUCAGAGGCAGAAGUCAAUUUCAUUUCUCUGUUCUGGCCAAGCCUCCCAAGUGGGAUUGAAGCUGCUUAUGAAGAUGCAGAAAGAGACUUGGUCAAAUUCUUCAAGGGUAACAAGUAUUGGGUCACCCAAGGACAGUAUGUGUUGCCAGGUUACCCCAAGAGCAUCUACAGCACUUUUGGUUUUCCUGCAACCGUAAAGAAAAUUGAUGCUGCUUUUUCUGAUGGAUACACUGGAAAAACAUAUUUCUUUGUAGAGAACAAGUACUGGAGAUAUAAUGAACGGAGAAGAUCUAUGGAUGCAGGUUAUCCAAAACUGAUAACAAAUGACUUUCCUGGAAUUGGGAGCAAAGUUGAUGCUGUUAUCAAUGACAAUGAGUUCUUGUAUUUCUUCAGUAGAACAAGGCAGUUUAAAUUCGAACCCCAAAACAAGAGAGUUGUGGCUGUUUUGAAGGCCAACAGCUGGUUUAACUGUGGAAACUACUGAGCAAGAUUACAAGAUACUUUGUAAGCACUGAGAAGAUGUUUUCUAAAAGAGCCAGAUUUUUCAGUAUUUAGUAGCUUUUUUUGUACCUGAGAAGUUGUUGAGGGAUGGGCAGGGGGGUUGGGGAGGGAGUGGGAGUAGGAACUUAGAACCACGGUUUGUUAAAUGUCUUGUAUAUUCUUAGUAUUGUUAUUGUCUUAAUAUUAGGAAAUCCAUUGUGUCCAGGAGACUGAAAUAAUAUAGUUAAAGAACUUUUCAUUUAAAUAUUGAGAUCUUGUUCCUGAAUAUCAGUGUCAAAAACUCACGCCUUGGCCACAAGAGAGAAUGAGCCAGCACAUGUGAACAAUUUGUUACUAUCAAUCACUAAUAUGAGAAAAACAGUUCUUACUAGUGGUGGGUCAUAGGUCACUACUGUUAUCUCUGUAACACAAUGGAUAGCACCUUUACUUGUUUCUGAAAGUGAAGGAGUUUGUAUUUGGAACAAAACUAGAUCCACUUCCCCCAUUUAAUAAACAUUGAAAGUGGGCAGGUACCGCUUUGUUGCAGAAGACAUCCAGCAGUAUGUUUUACAUAGUAGAUGCUCAAUAAAUAUUGAUUAAUUAAAAUGAAA